AUGUCUCCUAAGUGUUGCAUCUUCAGAACCCCCCCUAUUCUCUCCAGGCAUAACAAACAAGCUUAUAUCCCUGAUGCAUUUUCUAUUGGGCCUCUCCAUCAUGGCGGUCAAAACUUGAAAGCCAUGGAAAAAAUUAAAGCCAAAUAUUUGCAAGACCUUAUUGAUCGAUCACCCAUACCGUCCAUGAAGUUGAGAGAGCUCAUCAAUUCUAUCCAGGCUGUGGAGAAUGAGGCCCGUGAGUGUUAUGCUGAUGAAAUUGCUUACACCCCAUAUGAAUUUACGGAAAUUUUGGUAAUUGAUGGCUGCUUCACUCUUGAGUUAUUCUAUAGGGAUGCCUACCGCAAUAUUAAAGACAUGUAUAAAAGAGAUGACCCUGUUUUCACCAAGCCCUGUAUGCUCCAAUUUCUACAGCAUGACUUGAUAUUGCUUGAAAACCAGGUACCUUGGAUGGUACUGGAGCUUUUGUUCAACAAGACCAGGGAUCCUGGACACCAAAUGACCCUGAUUGAACUUGCCACCUCAUUUUUUACUGACAUGUUUUCAUCCAAAAUACCUUUUCCAAAUGACUCUGUUCGAGACGUGAAGCAUAUUCCAGACUUGCUGAGAAAAUUCUUGAUUUCAACAUCUAGAGGAGAGGAAGAAGGCAGAUUACAUUUGAAAUUCAUGCCUUCUGCUACGAGGCUCCUAGAGGCUGGAAUCAAAUUCAAAAGGGGACCGUCUGAUAAAUGCAUCUUAGAUAUAAAAUUUACUAAUGGUUUUCUGGAAAUCCCUCCAAUACUGAUUCAUCAGACAACAGAAACAGCUUUUCGAAAUCUCAUUAGCUUUGAGCAAUGUUACUGCAUUGAUGCUAGGAUCACCUCCUAUGCCAUAUUCCUAGACAACCUCAUCAAUACUACCGACGACAUGGAGAAGCUCUGUGAAAGAAAGAUAGUUAAUAACUUGUUGAAUCCUGAGGAUGCGACCAAGUUCUUCAACAAGCUUUACCAUGAUACUUAUGUGGCUAAAUUCCAUUACGAAACUCUUGGUUUGCAAGUGAAUAGAUACUGCCAACACAAGGUGCCCAGAUGGCGCGCGAUACUUGUGCGCAAUUAUUUCAGCAAUCCAUGGAUUAUUCUUUCAACGUUGGGUGCUAUUAUCAUACUCAUCCUCACUUUCGUACAAACUAUUUACACCGUAGAAUAG